AUGGCAGAGCCUCUCCCUCGCCGAGCGCGACUCCUCGUCCGCGGCUCGAUCAACGUUGACGAGUUCUUCGUGGUCGACCACAUCGUGCGAUCCGGCGAGACGAUCGCUUCGACCGACUACUCGCGACGAGCAGGAGGCAAAGGCGCCAACCAGGCCGCCGGCGCCACGGUCGAUUUUGCGGGCGUGAUUGGGCACGACGGCGAGUGGCUGAAGGAGACGCUCGAGGGUUACGGCGUCGGGCUUUCGCUCCUUGAGACGGAUCAGGAGGUCCCGACAGGUCGCGCCGUCAUCCAGCUCUCGUCCUCGACGGCCGACAACAGCAUCGUCCUCCUCCCCGGCGCCAACUUCUCCGGCUCGGCCUCGCCGCACCCUCGCCUCCCGUCGUCCGCCCUCUCCUCGUACACGCACCUCCUCCUCCAAAACGAGAUCCCGCUCGCCGAGACCAAGCGCACCCUGCACGAGGCGCACGCUGCCGGCCUCGUCACGCUGUUCAACCCGAGCCCGAUGCUCUCGCGCGCCGACCUCGCCGCGUUCGAGUGGCCUGCGCUCGACUGGCUCGUCAUCAAUGCGGGCGAAGCCGAGGACCUGCUCGUCGCGCUCGCGUCGGACGAGACCGCCGCGACGGCGCGAGCGGGAGGACCCGACGCGCUCCUCGCGGCGCUGAGGGAGACGAGCUUGCGCUCGUUGGCGGGCAUCAUCAUGACGCGCGGUGGAGAUGGCGUCUUGGUCGACUUGAGAGGAGGGACGAGGCUGCGGCUCGGGCCGGGCAAGGUCGUCGGCGAGGUCAAGGACACGACGGGCGCCGGGGAUUGCUUCACCGGAUACUUUGCGACCCUCCUUGCGGCGCUUCCGCAGACGUCCGCGUCGUUGCCGAACCUCGUCGAGCGCUGCCUGGUCGUCGCGAGCCUGGCCGCCGCCAUGUGCGUCGAGAAGCCGGGAGCGAUGGAGAGCGUGCCGACGCUCGCCGAGGUCGUCGAGCGACUGGGUGAGGAGCGCGGCGACGACGUCGAGGAGGUGGUCGCCAUGGUCGAGGCGGCGAGGGCAAACGAGUAG